AUGAGGGCGGAUUCGGCGGCGACGGUGAGACCGUACCCGUACCCGUCCCUGUUCCUCCACCCGCUCCCACCUGGACUAUGCGAACACCCAUACGCCCCGCCGCCAUUCCUGCUGGCGGCGCCACCACCAACACCAACGGCUGCGGGCUGUGACGGACAGGUAUCGGGUAGUGGGCCCAAGCCGAACUACCGGGACAUGUUUGCUCUCAAUGGAGGAGCGACUGAAAUGGUAACGGUACUGGAGGGGGAGUGCGGCCUUGCGGUUAUUUCGCCCCGCGGGGGGUCUGUGAGGCCCCGUGGCGUCUACCUGAUGAGCCCUGACGCCACUUCGUGCAUCAUCGUAGCGUGUCGCGUUGGGCUGCAUCCACUGCUGCGGCAGCGGCUCUUGGUGGCCAUAGAGGGUGAUGCCGUGUCGGAGGACGCCGCGCUUGCCCGGCGGUGCUGUGAAACGUUCACGGCGGCGAUGGGACACUUUAACCAAGUGGAUGGUGUGGCGCAGGCUCUGUACGACAUGCUCUGGGAGGCCGCUCUGCCUGCGUGGUUCCACGCCGCGCUGUAUGACGUCGAUGAGGCUUGUACCUGUGGUGGUGGUGGUGGUGGUGGUGCGUGGAGGGCGGCGAAGGACCUCCUGGCGCGAUUGCACCGUGUAGCACGGACGACAGCGGCUGCAUUUGCUAGGGCCUCUGAACCCACACUGCUCACGGAAUGGUUUGUGGUUGGCGGGAUACGCAGCCGGGAGCACACGGUGCCUAUUCUUUCCGGCGUCUUUGGCACUUUCUUCGCGGAGGAUGGGGUGCUGAGCGGCGCCACAUGCCCCCGGGACGGGCGGCACCACGUCCUGAAGCCUUCAUUGGAUCUGUCGGAGAUACUGGGCGGGAACAACGGAAUGACAGAGGAGGAGACGGACGGGGCUCCGGUGCUGUUUGAGCACCGGCUUCGCGAGGAUGGUGUUUGCUUCUGGAGCCUCAGCACGGUGCUGCGGCCGUGGGUGUUGGGCCGCGCGGGCGAGCUGUACUCCUGCGCGGCAUGCUGGGGACUGCUUCUGGACGUGGGCGGUGGGGGUUGCUGGCCCGUCAUGGUGCAGCCCGGCACCCGAAAAUAUACGCUUGCAGCGCUGCGACAUUUGCUGCAUCCGCCUGGCUAUAGUUGGCUCUGCCCGCUGGAGCGGGAGGGCGUUCUUCGUGUUAGCCGCAGGGUCGCUACGACUUGCGCGGCGGUAUAUUUUGGCCUGAAUGAUACUUCAGCAGUGUGCGACACCAGUUAUAUAUCGCUUUUGAAUUAUGUUGAAUUGUUCCUUGAGCGGCGUGAAGCUGAUGUAGGAGCAGGGAGUGAAACCGUGUGUUCUCCUGCACCGGUCCUGAUACGACGUGCUGAGUGGAUGCAGAUGGAGAAGGGAGGGUUGCCAGAUGACAUUCCUGACAGGUUUUUCUUGCAGUUUUCGACGACACCGCACUGUGAGCCACCUGAUUUCGUUGCAGUGGUGCGGCAGCAGUUUACGGACAUGGCGGAGUUUAGUGUGGAGGACGUUUUUGAAAAGGGAAUGAUCGGUAUAUUAGUUUGA